CCUCCUCCAUACGCUGUUCUUCUGUCCCUACACAAGUAGAGAAAAAAAGAAUUAGAGGAGAAACCAGUCAAUGUAGGGAAUACCUCGCGAUGUCUCCUUGCGUACUGUAUCAUUACUAUAUGUUUUCUCCACCUCCUCUUCUUCCACCUUCAAUACUAAUAUCAUUAUAAUUGUACCCACGGUCUUCUCCUUCCUUCCCCCUUCCUCAUCCAGCUGACACGAAUGGUCGUGUAGAAAGAAGGAGAAGAGAGGGGAGAGAGAUAUGGGCGAAGAGGGGGAGGUGGUGGUGAUCUGCGAGGCUGAGGAUAACUGUGAGGGGAGGAGCACAGGAAGUAACCGAUCGCCUAGCCGGAAGAGGGGAUUGCAGGAACUUGACCUCAACGAGGAUCUGAUGACGGAAGGCAGCGAUGAAGAAGAGGAGGAAGGAAGCGAUGACGAUGAUGGGGGAAGCACUACCGAGGUGGCCGGAGGAGGGAGCUCCAGCAACAAUAGCAGCACUAACAUCAACAACGACGGCAACAGCAACAUCAACGAGGGUGGCAACACUGCUGAGGGAAGUAGCGAGCGGGUGGCAUCUGUUAGGCAAUACAACAGGUCUAAAACACCGAGGUUGCGAUGGACGCCGGAUCUCCACCUCUCGUUUGUUCAUGCCGUCGAGAGGCUCGGCGGGCAAGACAGGGCGACUCCAAAGUUGGUUCUUCAGAUGAUGAAUGUGAGAGGGCUAAGUAUAGCUCAUGUAAAGAGCCAUCUCCAGAUGUACCGAAGCAAGAAGCUCGACGACUCCGGGAAAGAGAAGUCCAUAAUUUCUUCAGUUCUAUCGCCAAUGGAUUUGCACUUGAGGAGAGGUGAUCGACUUCAUGAGAUGUUGUAUCACAGAACAGCUUCGUACCAGCCCUUCAGAAUGGAGAAUGGAGGCUACUUCGCAUCGAGGAGCAUGCAUGGACCGGACCGUCUUUACAACCUUCUGCAGCCACCACAGUACCAGCAGCCACUCGAGCUGAAGCCCAGCAGAUUAGGCAGGCUCCAUGAGUGGACGUUUAACCAGCAAAGGGCGACAAGAGAUGGCUACUUCAACGAACGAGGCCCUGCGAAGGGAUCCUUACAUGACAUGAUCCUCAACAAGGAAGGCAAGGCAUUCACGUCCCGUUGGUUCGACGUGAGGGAUACCGUCACCGGAAAAGGGAACCCGAGAACCGAGAACCAGUUGCUGGACCAGAGAAAUGGAGCUCAGACAAUGGAGAUCGGUAGCAGGAUCGGAAGCUUCGAUUGGAUCGGGAGUAGCACUCGACCCCUCGUCAAGGGAGUCCCUGUGAACCCAGUCUCUACUGGUUCUGUGGUGGCAUGUGCGGGCAGUAGCAACGACUACAACAAGAGUCGAUCGAACCUCUACGAUCCGUUUGUCAUCAACAGUACCAAACACCAAUUCGACGACCCAUUUAGACUUGAGCUACAGAGGCAACCAGCGAGUAAACCAACGCCCAACCUUGCAGACGUGUUUGGCAGACGAGAGGCUCCUCCGACGGAUGUGAAGAGGCUCAGGAUGACUACAGCGAGAGAUUGGAGCCAUAACCUGCAACUCAGCUUCGGAUCGGACUCGGUAAACGACGGGGCCGAUGACAAGAAGCCACCUGAAGCUGAAGAAGCGAACUGUGUGCUCUCCCUUUCACUUUCACUUUCACCCCCUGCUUCCGGGCAGCACGAAGAAGACAAGCCGGAAAUGGAGUUCUUACGGACAGGUAGCAGCAAGAAGAAGGCCGUUCUGGGGCCGAGUACUUUAGAUCUGACCAUGUCGAUCAAGGCGUUGGAGUGAGAUCUUUCAAGUACUUGUCUCAAGGCCUUUUUAAGAGUGGGUAAUUUUCAUGUAUAUGAAAUAAUGGUUUCUUUACUUCAUUUGGUUGAAUUGUAGAUGGUAGAUCCCAGUUCCUAGUUA